AUGGCGCCCACUCCCGGAAUCUUAUAUGUGACAAUGCAACCCUCCUCCGAUCUUCCUACAUCCCUAUUCCACGACUGGUACAACAAUGAGCACGGCCCUACGCGUCUUCGCCUUCCUUUCGUGGGAAACGGCUUCCGCUACCGCGCAACAGACCUCGAGACCCAAGGCACAGGGACGGACGACAUGCCGGAAUGGAUGGCCAUCUACGAUAUCACGGACAUGGAAGAGUUGACCCGAGAGACGUAUCUGAGGCUGAGGGGGGAUAAUAUGAAGAGUCAGAGGGAGAAGGAUGUGAUGAAGCAGAUUAAGGUAGGGAGAAAGCUUUAUGACUUUGUGUCGGAGCGGAAAGGGGAGGGGUUCAAGAUAUUAGAGGAAGUGGGUGUAGGAGAAAGGCAGGGGAAUGUUUUAUGUGCAGUAUUCUUGACUUUGAAGCAAGGGCAAGAUAGCAAAGAGCUGGAUAGGUGGUAUGAUAAGGAAUAUACUGAUAUGAUGUCAAAAAUUCCCGGAUGGUUGCGUACCAGGCGUUUCGUGACUUCGUCGAUCUUAGAAGGGAAGGAGGGAAUUGAAUACCUCGCAAUCCAUGAGUUUGCACCGGAGAAUGGACUUCAUGGCGAGGAAUUCGAGGCUGCGAUGAUUAAACCCUGGCGGAACGAGAUUAUGGCGAAUGUGAUUCAAGAUGUGAAGUGGCGCGUUUACGAGCUAUACUAUAUAUUUGGCGCCGCCCCAAGACAUUUGAAAGACGUGGCGGAAUUUAAUUCACCAGAUGGACAGACAAGGACAAACCCUACCUCACCUGGUGGCAGCGGAACAAUCGAAUCAUUUAUCACUACUCCAGACGACGUUGUUCUCCCCUACAGACUGGAAGGAUGCUCCGAACCCGAUGCUCCCUGUAUCGUUUUGAGCAACUCCAUUCUCGUCGACUGGGGCAUCUGGAACGGGUUCAUUGCCUCAUUUCUAUCUUAUCCGCAAAACAGGAAAUAUCGCGUUUUACGCUAUCUCACCCGAGGGCGAUCGAGUAAUUGUGGAAGCCAAGCCAUUACCGUGGAUGUACUUGCAUCUGACAUUAUUGCCCUCCUUGGCGCUUUGAGAAUCCCAAGAGCUGCGGGCCUCAUUGGUGUUAGUCUUGGAGGUGCAACGGUGUUGAAUACGGGAAUGAAAUAUCCGGAUAGAGUUGCGGCGUUUGUCUCAUGCGACACAAGCUCAAAAAGCCCCGAAGGAAAUAGCAAUGCCUGGGGCGACAGAAUUGAUGUUGCGGAGCAGGAAGGCGCAACGGCACCGAAUGGGGAGAGGGUGGUAGGAGAGCAAUUGGCGGAAAUGACGGUGAGAAGGUGGUUUGUCAAAGAGAGCUAUGAUGGAGGUUAUCUGGAGAAAAGGAUACAAAAGGUCAAAGCCAUGGUUGCAAGUAAUAGUCUUGAGGGAUUCAAGAGAAGUGUAGAGGCAUUGUUUGAGUACGACUUGCGAGCAGAGAUGAGAGAGAGUGGCGUUCCUGGUGCAUUUGUGGUAGGAGGUGGCGAUGGAAUUUUACCUGGCACUAUGAAAGAGAUGGCGGCAGCAUAUGGACCUGGUGCGGUGUACUCUGUUAUUGCUGGAGCAGGACAUUUGCCCAUGGUGGAAAAGCCACAGGAAUUUGCAGAGACAGUGAGGAAGUUCAUGGCGAGGCAGUAA